AUGGCUGGCUGCGCCUUUUCUGCUCCGAAUCCGUCGCCGCUUGAAUAUCUACCUGUUGCUGUCCCUCCUCUCCUCAUAUUUAACCCCCUCCAUCCGCACCGCUCAUCCCUCCCACCUCUUACCCCACCCACACCAACGCACAUCACCCAACGCACAUCAUCACCCGAACUCACUCGAGCCUCUUUACCACCGCUUCCCUCGCCGCUACCACCACCACCACCACCGCUACCACCACCACCACCGUUCCCGCAAUGA